AUGAAAAACACUGGGCUCAUUUUAUUCGUAUGUGCUGGUUUACUGCUUAGUGGCGGUGCUAUUCUCGGUGGAUCGACAGCAUGGAACCUAUUCCGUAUGUCGUAUUACUUCUGGACCACAGACUUGGGAGUUGAACUGGGAGCGAGUGUUCUCUUCCUAUCAGGAGCACUGCUUUGCUUGCCUGCGUGUUGGCUGUCAACUUUAGUGCCCUAUUAUCAUAAGUCCAUGAGACUGUUGGCUACGCUUAUGGUUUUGGUGACCGCAGCGCUAGUACUGUUAUGUACUGGGAUGUCUUCAAUCAUGGCACUGUCGAAGGCUACACGGGAUCCGGCAGCACUUAAUGAAUCUAUGUAUAGGUCUCUGUCAGAAGAGGGUGUAGAUCCCGCUGUGAAAAGCGCUUUCACAGCCAUGCAAAUUGAACUUAAGUGCUGUGGCGUUCAGUAUCAUACAGACUGGCUUCUACAUCGACGUAAUUUACCACCUGCGUGUUGCGGUCGUUUAGCUUUAGGGAAGGAAAGUGAUCGGUGUGUGUAUCCGAUUUACACCAAUGGCUGCCUUCGACCAGCCAUCAGAGAACUACGUCAAUAUGUCAAUUCGCUUACUGUUGUUGCGUGUGGAAUAAUCGUUGUAAUGGCUAUAACCCUCUUUGCAACAUCUUACACACUGGUCUCGGGAGUAGUGGAGCACGCCAACAAAACCCUUCAGCCGAUGCGCGUUGCCUACCUUACAAACUCUCUUUCGUUUCUUCACAAUGGGAACGCCAGGAAUCUCAUUCCAGCUAUUUCCCCUCCCGCCCAAAAUCUGAAUCAGAACAUUUACCCAACUCUUGUGCCGCCUACUAACCCAGCCUUUUGUCCUAGUUAA